GGGACUGGGACCUAAUGGAAAGAUUUAGAGGCAUUGGACACAGUUUCUUUGAUUUUUCAGAUUCUGCCAGGAAUAGACAAUAUAGUGCAGGAGAGACAAGCUCCAGCCAGGGGACUGUCUCUGCUCCUGUGACAUCUAAGGGGCAGGAUCACAGAGAUGCUGUGACCUCACAGGGGAGUCUUCAGGCUUUUCCUGUAAUAAAAGGAAAUCCUAGAACAGGCCUGCCUAACAGACACUGAGCCCUGACCACAAAAACAGUGAUGGGUAUCAGAGACAAGGUUGCACAGCAUGGACUAGGAUCUCAGGAGGUAAUGCACAUGAUUCACGUUCUUAAUUCUGAGCCACUGGUACUAUAUGAUAUUAGGUAUGUUGCUCAGGUGUUGUUUCAGCCUAUUCAAUUUGAGAUUUUUGAGGACAAUUGGAGUCAGAUACCCAUAAAAGUGGCUGGGCAAAAUAGUCAAUUGCCUCAAGAGGACUCUAGAUUUAGGGUUGGGCCUGACCUUUUGACAGGGAUUGGAAAUUUUUCUAACCCUUAUUCUCAGGUCACAUUCCACCUGCUGAUGUUGGAGCAGUGCCAGAGGACUGGUUUUGCAGCUCUGAUGAAAACAAUAGAGCUGUCUGCUCCAAAGCAAAAGUUUGCUACUAUUGUCCAGGGACCUAAGGAGCCAUACAUGCAGUUCAUUGAGAUACUCUCUGCCUCCUUAGAGAAGCAAGUAGAUGAACCAGAACUGAGACAUCUACUGCUCACAGAGUUGGCAAGAAGCAAUGCCAAUGAUGACUGUAAGAGGAUAAUACAGGCCCUCCCAGGUGACCCAUCUGUGGCACAGAUGGCUCAGGCUUGUGCAAACACGGGCACCCCAGAUUGCAAGGUGGCUGCCUUGGCUACUGCCUUACCAGGGUCCUCCAAGGGACAAAAAGGUAAGCAGCAGAAGCAGGAAACAGCACAAGCCACCAAGAAGCAGGGGAAACAGAAGCAGAAAGGGAAAGCUCCCUUGUUUCUGUGUGCGCAGUCACUUUGCAGAGCCUUGUACAGUGAAAUUUGAGACUAAAGGCCAGCCUCUGCCAGAUCAGGGAAAUACAAAGCUGAGCUCGAAGGGGAAACACGCUCAGACAUAAGCAUUUCCCCAGGUCCUGAAGCUGAUGUGGACUUGCUCAGCCAGCUUGUGGCUAACACCUCUGGCUUAGCUGGACUUGAUAUAUGCACAGCAGCAACAGUAGUCCUGAAUUCUUGCAAAGUGCACAGAGUUCCUUUGGAUGCCUAUGGACCCCUGGGGGAGAUCCUCAGUUUCUAGGUCUGUGAGCUGGUGACAAGGAGACGGUUACUUUGGAUCGACUGGACCACCUCAGGUGUACUGGACUGCAACCCUGACUGAUGAAAGGCCUGAGAUGUGGUGUACCCUGUGCCUCCCUGCUGCUACCCCACCAGAAAUCCACCUGCAAGGCCUGAUCGACACAGGUGCCGAUGUCACCAUCCUGGCCUCCUCUGUGUGGCCCCCGCAGUGGCCUCUGGAUCCUGUGGAGUCUCCUGUCGCAGGGUUGGGUGGAACGGCCACAUGCUUCAUCAGCCAGCAGCUGGUGCAGAUCAUGAACUCAGAGGGACAAUCUGCAAUAGUUCAGGAGAGCUUCAAGGACACUGUCUGUUGCUGUUGGACACGAAAUGAGUCACACAGACACACUUUGAGGUGUGGUGAAAGAAAGGGUGGUCCUGCGGCCCUGGACUCUCCUGUUCCACCUAUGACACACAUGGGCAUGAUCUGCAGCUCCAGGCUGUGCAAGAUUUGCAGCAAACCCACAUCUCCUCUUCAUGUACUGAACCACUGCACAGGGGAACACAACAGAGCUUUCCCUCCUUCUCAAUCACCAAUCCCCUGCCCUCACCUGGGAGGGCCAAGUGGAUACUGGGGGGACUCAGGGAAGCAGAAUGUUACUCAUGAAAAAGCCAGGCUUGUUGUGCUGCAGCCAAGGGCAGCUGGUUCUGAUGCCCCCUGUACAGGCACUUUAGUCAGCAGAACAGCAAGGCCCUGUGGUUGGCACACUCCUCACUGUCUCCUCUAUCCCUUGGAGAAGGCAGUUCCAGGACUGCUUGUGUCCGGUGGGCUGGUUUGGUCUGGAUUAAUUUUCUUCCCAGUAUCUGAUACGGGGCUGUCUUUGAGAUUUGUGCUGAACACAGGGAUGAUAAUGGAGAUGCUUUUGUUAUUGCUGAGCAGUGGCCACAUGGAGCCAAGGCCUUUUCCUUUUCACUCAGUCACAUUGGGGCUGGGGGGCUCAUGGGAGGUUGGGAGGGGACACAGCUGGGACAGAUGACCCCAGCUGACCCAAGAAAUGUCCCAGACUAUGACAUUAUGCUCAGUAGGGAAAGUGGGGGACAUUUGGAGUGAUGGUGUUUGCCUUCCCAAGUCACCAUUCCAUGGGAUGGGGCCCUGCUCUCCGGGAGGUGCUGAGCACCUGCCAGCCCAUGGGAAUGGGUGUUUUGCUUUGCCACACUUUGCUUGUGUGCUUGACUUUUGCUCUCCCUACUAAACUGCCUUUACCUCAACCCACGAGUUUUCUUCUCGCUUUCACCCUUUCAAUUCUCCCCCUGAUCCUGCUGAUGGGCGAGUCAGUGAGUGGCCCCAAGUAGGCCCUAAGCAGGCUUGGCUGCUGGAGGGGAUUAACCCACAACAGCUGUCAGGACCAACUCCUUGAAAAGUCUGAAGGUGAUUUGCAAGCUUUAAGCAGUUACUCCUCAGUAACAGGACAGCACCAGUCCAGGAUAAUUCUUCCACAUAGAUUAGAGAGGAAGAGUGAUACACACUGCCACAAGGAUAAGGGAACGUUUCUUGCCUCACAUUUUCACACUUAUCAGGAAAGGGUUCAUCCCUGGCAGGACUUGAGGAAGGUGCAAUGGCAUCAGCUAAAGGCCUCUGGCUCAGCUCAGACUGAAAGAAGAACCAGCUGCUGCAGUCAUCUGGAGCAAGAUGAGCUGCAGAUACUUUUCCUGAGAGGCCCAAGAGGCCAAAACAGGAGUCAGAGCUGGGACUGCACAGGCAGUGCAAGCUGGCUGCCCAGAGCUGUGAGGGCUCCUGACAAGCACAGGCAGGGCCUUGGGCAGUACAUGGCAAUGAAAAGUCAUCAAAUCACCCUUUCCUGAACAUGUUCUUCUCAGAACAGCUCUCUGAGGGGUGGAAUGUAUUUUCCAGAGCUUCACUCAAGACUUGCCUCCAUCAUCUUCCCUGUGCUUCCUCAAUAGCAUAGGGAUGAGCUGUAGAGCUGUAUUUCUAAAAUCUCUCUGGGAAAAAGAGAAAAGCAGACAAUGAAUGGAUUUUCCAAGGCUUCCUGAGUGUGCUCAGACCUGAGUGUGCCCAAGCCUCUGCCCAAACUGAUGAUGUUCUCCUGAAGUGAAACACUGCUUCUCCAAGUUGGGAAACACCCAGGAGCCCUGGGCCAUCCUGCAAAGGAAGCAAAGCCUGAGGCACUGGGAUACUUGGGGGUUCACCAGCAGGAACUCCAACCAGGCCUGAAAUCUAGGCAGGCAUUCUUGAGGAGAAAGAUGCCAUGCUGGUGGCAGGGUAGAAGGGAUAGGGAACAAGGGAGAUGAAUUUCCCUGCAGGAGAUCCCUCUGGUUUGCCAUGCAAUGGGAGUGUCUUUAGCUGCAGGGCUCUUCACUGGUCCCAUCUGCUGUAGGGAUACACCUUCCCCACCACAGCCCAGCAGCUCCUUGACUGUUUCCUGAUGCCCAACUGAAACUUCCCCACUGCGAUAUUUUCAGAGUGCCUUAAAAUCUGUUCAUUGUCCACAGUAAUUUCCAGGGUUUGAUUCUUCUCAGGAUGUGUCACCCAAUACACACUGGAAGGGGAUCAAAAGAGGGUCCACCAACUAUCUGCUCUGAGACCACCCUCACACUCCCCUGCUCUUCGCUCUGUUCUUUUAUUUAGUUCUGUUCUCAUGGCUCCAAAAGGAAACAGCAAAUCAGGGUGUGUGAUAAUUUUGUUUUCCAGACAUGGGGCUCCUGGCUCAAACUUCUCUGAGGUGAGAGGACUAAAAGCUGCUGAGAGAUGAGUUCAGCCUCUCCUUAAUUUUCACAUGGGAAAGAGAGGCCAGGAGAAUGGCCAGACCAUGGACUAAAAAGGAGAUGGGCUUUCACAGAGAAGGAGCUCCCAGGGAAGAAAGGCCACUUUCCUACACCAGUUGCCCAUGGGGACACUUGGCAGGCUCCACUGUCAUUCCUGAGAGGAAGGAUCAGCCUCACUGGGACAGUGACCUUGUCUGCCCUGAGGGGACACCUUGAACCAGUAACAACACUGGGCCUUUACACUUCAAAAAGACCAAGAAGUCUCUGAUCUCCUUUCCCUACCAAAGAGCCCAAAGCCCAAAGCAUAGUGGAGUAUGAAUGAUCAAAGUCCUGAGAUGCUUUGUCCAGGGAAAGAGACACUGUUCAUAGCAAGCUGGAGUUGACAGAAGCCACACCAGGACAGACUGAGCACUCCUGAGCCAGAGGACAGGGACAAGGCCUUGCCCAGGGCCUAAGCCCAAGAUUCCCUUAAGCUCUUCCUCUGGGGCUCUCCCAGUCCUAUUGUCUUCUCUCCCUGAAGCAUCCACCUCCCAAGGUUCAAGAGCACAUGGGCUCUGGAAAGAAUCACAGAAUCAUGGAAUACCCUGACCUGCAAGGGACACGUAGGGAUCACUGAUUCCAGCUCCUGGCUCUACCCAGGACACCCCAAUAAUCCCAUCCUGUGCCUGGGGGUGUUGUCCUAAUGCUCCUGGAGCUCUGGCAGCCUUGGGGCCAUGACCAAACCCUGGGGAGCCUGUUCAGUGCCUCAGCAGCCUCUGGGGGAAGAACCUUUUCCUGAUACCCAGUCCUACCCUGGCACAGCUGCAGCUGUUCCCUUAGGUCUGGUCAUGGGAGAGGAGAGAGGAAUAAAAAGCUCCUCCUACCCUCACAAACCACCAAAUGGGUUAGAUUGGAAGGGACCACUUGAGGUCUUCUAGUCCAAACUCCCACUCAAACAGGGUCUCCCAUAGACCAUUAGUCAGAUUUAUAUCUAGUUGCCUUUUGAAUUUCUCCAAAGAAGGAGUCUCCACAAUCUGUCUCAGAACUGGUCCCACUGCUGAGUCACCCUCACAGUAAUGAAGGUCUUGCUUGUGUUUAGGUGGAAAUUCCUUUGUUUCUGUUUCUGCCCAUUGCCUCUCACCCCAUUACUCAGCACCACCAAGAAGAACCCAGCUCCAUCCUCCUGACACCCACCCUUCAAACACUUCUGUCCAUUGAUGAGAUCCCCUCUUAGCUUUUUCUUCUCCAGACCAAACAGGCCCAGCUCCCUCAGCCUCUCCUCACCAGAGAGAUGCUCCAGGCCUCUGAUCAGCUUUGUAGUUCCUCAGUUGGGCCCAUCCCAAGAGCUCCAGGUUUCUCUUGUGCUGAGGAACCCAGCAUGGGACACAGAGCUCCAGAUGUGCCCCACCACAGCUGCCCCUCCCUUGGAGGUUGGCAAAGCCCUUCCUAAGGCAGCCCAGGCAGCCAUUGGGUGCCUUGGCCACAAAGACACAUUGCUGAU